CUAACUUGUAAUUUACUUUUUUCUUUCAAGUCUUUUUCUUUCAUGCCAUUUGAAGGUUGAUUUAAGACUAUUGAGCAAACCAAAGUACCAAACACGUGACAGGCCUAUAUAUAUACGCUUUAGUAAUCUAAAGUUUAAAGACACCAAAAAACCCCCAAAAAAGAGAGAAUAGACUUUCAAACACUCCCAAUUCUCAGUUUCUUCUCUUAUUGAUCUUAUGGAAUGGACAAGAGGAGACAUGAUUGGCCGGGGCUCCACCGCCGCUGUAUACCUCGCCGCCGGAGUAUCUUCCGGUGACAUAUUCGCAGUCAAAUCCACCGAGCUUUCUUUCUCCAAACUCUUGCAAAAAGAGCAAUCUUUCCUCUCAAACCUAAACUCUCCUCACCUCGUUAAGUACAUGGGCUUUGAUAUCACAAACGAGAACGACUGCCUUUUCUACAAUCUUUUCAUGGAGUAUCUCCCACGUGGCACUCUAAGAGACGAAAUCCGGAGGCAAGGAGGGAAGCUAGACGAGACCAAGAUCAGAAGGUACACAUGGGAGAUUCUCCAUGGUUUGGAGUAUCUUCACUCGAAUGGUUUGGUCCAUUGCGAUAUCAAGAGCUCGAAUAUCUUGAUGGGAAGUAAGAACGUCAAGAUUUCCGAUCUGGGCUGUGCUACAACGGUCGGGAAAGUUACCGGCGAUGGAGAUUCGGGCUUGGGUAAGUUUUCCGGUACACCAGUUUUCAUGGCACCGGAAGUAGUCAGGGGAGAAGAACAGGGUUUUGAAGCUGAUAUUUGGGCUCUUGGCUGCACAGUCAUUGAAAUGGCCACUGGAGAGAAUCCUUGGCCGGAGGUAGAUGACCCCUUAUCAGCUCUUUACCGAAUCGGGUUUUCAGAUGAUUUACCAGUGUUUCCGAGCUGGUUUUCCGAGAAAGCUAAGCAUUUUUUGGAAAUUUGCUUUAAAAAAGAUCCGAAACAGAGAAUGGCAGCUGCUGAGCUUCUGAAACAUCCAUUUUUUGAGGAGAUGAAAUCUGAGACAGAGCAAGUGAAGGAGCUUGUAGCCUCUUCUUCUUCUUCUUCUUCUUCUUCUUCUUCUCCAAAGAGUGUUUUUGAUCACAAUGUUUGGGACUCGUUUGAUGAAGAGAACCAUGAAAUUUCUUCUUUGAGCUCUGCUUCUGAAAGAAUAGAAAGAUUGGUUGGUGGUGACUCUGUCUUUACAAUUUCGAAUUGGUCUUCGGACCAAGAUUGGAUCACAGUUAGGAGUAAUGUCGUUGAAGAAAGCGAUGAGUUUUGUGAUAUAAACGACACUUUAGAGAUGUCGUUUAUGGGAGUUCAAUUGGAAGAGCUUCCUAGCUCAAUGUUUGAUUAUGUAAAUACUAUUAGUAGUAGUUCUGUUAAAGUUGGUAGAAAAAGAGGUUUCUUAGUGGCAUUUGAGAAUGUCGAAAUUGAUAUUGUACCUGCAAAAGUUUCGAAGCGAAAAAAUGAAAAAAUUAGUCCUGUUCGAUACCAAUUGUUUUUAUCACUAUAUUUUUCUUUUUUUUACAAAAAAGCUAAUCACGUAUGGAAGUAGUAAGAGAACACUAGGAAAUUCAAUACCGAGAAUAACCCUAUACCAACUAAACCAACAAAUUAAACAUCAAGGUAGAAAAUGACGUUUACAAACACUUCACGGAAUUGAGUUUGCAACCCCAAAACCACAAUGUAUAUAUAAAAUCAAAGACACGAAAAAUUAAGAAUACUUUCGAUCAACCCCAAAACCCUAGCUGAAUACGACCUCAUCUUCUUCCUUCUUUAAGAAUCUCGAGCUUCAAACCCUAGCCUUCGAACCAGCAAAACCCAAAAGCAAAACAAGAGCUAAACAACAACAAAGAUUUAGAUGAUCAUCGUUGGUUAAAGAUAAACAGAACAAACUCACAAGAACACAAAGAAAUUUGAUCUCAGAGCUCACCUUAAAAUUAGGGCUACGUCUUCGUCAAACUCGUCUUAGAUGCUUGAUCGUGCACUAUCAAUCAUCAACAAGUUACAAGAAUCAGAUGAAGAUUCCAUCUACAAAUUACAACAUGUAAUCUCAAAAUCCUCUCUCUGUUUUCGUUUACAAAGUUUCUCUCAAACUUUUCCCUCUUUAACUCUCUGUCUUUCUUUCUUUCUUUCUCGAUCUCUUUCCUCUCUCUCUCUAACUGAGAUGCAAGAUUGAUCACAUAGUACUCUCUUCUAAAGCAUCUUUUCAUUUUAUCGAGGUAGAGAACUAUUAGAUGCAAGUGAAUGAGUCUGUUCUUAAGUUGGGCAGUUAGUUGUAUCUAAUUUUAAUAUUGUUGUACCUUUCUGGUUUUGUUAUGUAAUUUUAAUAAGUGGUUGAUAGUGCUGAAAGGGACUACUUAUAUGGGAAUUUAACAACAAUUUUUGCCUAAAUUUUUAUAUGGGCAGUCGUAGAUUAGUUUUCCUUUGUCUCUAAGGGUCCAAGCUUGAGUUCGUUUCUCAAUCACCAACCUGUGUCAACUCCCAGUAAGUUCCUACAGUGCUUGAACUUGCUAAUAGUCACAAUCUUAGUCCCCAUAUCUGUUGGGUUAUCCUCUGCGGGGACAUUCACAAUCUGUACCUCCCCUUAUGUCACAUUGUCCCUAAUAAAGUUACUUUAUCUCUACAUGUUUAGUUCUGUCAUGGAACACUGGGCUUCUACAUAGAUGAACACAACUCUAACAAUCUGAGUAGACUCUAGGUACCUCUUUCAGUAAUUAUUUCUUCUAAUAAUCCUUUCAUC